CGAGACACUGAGGAGGCGGUCCGUCAUGAAGAUAGAUACAUCUGUUUAAUAUCGCCGACCUACUUCAUACCGAAAAACUUACAAUGAGUUCAAAGAAUCAAGCAGCCAAUGGCAAAGCUUCCCAUAACAACGAGAGGGAAUUUGGAGGAACCUUAGGGGCUGUUUGCAUUCCCAUCUUUCUGCCCUUAACGGUGCUUUUCUUGGUCUGCGUGAGUCGAUCUCCUGAGGCAGCUGUACUCCAGUGGCCCCCGCCUCUCCCCACCAUUGACCAGCUCUGGGACCCCCUGGCGGCUCUCCUUAUACUGAGCUGGAUAUCUUUGCAUGCUGUCCUCUAUUUGUUGCCAUUUGGAAAGGUCUCUGAGGGAUUAGUGCUGCGGGAUGGAGCACGCCUCAAGUACCCAAUAAACGGUUUCCACAGCCUGUGCAUCAGUGGUGUGCUGCUGAUUUUGCUUCUGAUGCUCAAGGCUCCUGUGGGGAGUCUGUACGAGCUGACGUUGCCUCUGGCUGCGUGUGCAAUUGGAGUCUCCUUCAUGCUCUCCGUCUUCCUGUACUUUCGUUCCUUUUUGGCUCCUCCUCAUGCUCUGGCAUUAGGGGGCACCACAGGAAAUCCCCUCUAUGACUUCUUUAUUGGACGGGAGCUCAACCCACGUAUUGGUCAUUUUGACCUGAAGUUUUUCUGUGAGCUCAGACCAGGACUGAUUGGCUGGGUGGUCAUAAACCUCGGCAUGCUGAUGAAAGAAGUGGAACUUCAGGGUUCCCCCUCGCUUGCCAUGAUUCUCGUUAAUAGUUUCCAGCUGCUGUAUGUGGCUGACGCUCUGUGGAAUGAGGAAGCUGUUCUGACUACGAUGGACAUUGUGCAUGACGGUUUCGGCUUCAUGCUGGUCUUUGGUGACCUGGCCUGGGUUCCCUUCACAUACGGUUUGCAGGCGGCCUUUUUGGUCCUACAUCCUCAGGCUUUAAGUCCCCUAGGAGCAGCAGCAAUAAUAACGCUGAAUGGUAUUGGAUAUUAUAUAUUCAGGAAAUCCAACUCACAGAAGAAUCAGUUUAGAAGAAACCCUGCACAUCCAAGUGUUGCGAGGCUGGAGACCAUCGCCACAGCAACAGGGAAGCGUUUGCUGGUGUCUGGCUGGUGGGGGCUUGUUCGCCAUCCUAAUUACUUGGGUGAUCUCCUCAUGGCCUUGGCAUGGUCUCUGCCAUGUGGUUUCUCACAUCUUCUGCCUUACUUCUACUUGAUAUAUUUCACCGUCUUGCUGAUCCACCGCGAGGCCCGUGACGAGAGACAUUGUCGAGCCAAAUAUGGACUUGCAUGGGAGACAUACUGUCGACAUGUCCCCUACAGGAUCCUCCCUUAUAUUUACUAAAAGGUAAAGAAGCCCACAAGGGGACAUAACUGUCCAAUGGGGACUUUGUAAGUUUUUCAGUUCACAUUCACACCUUUACAGAAAAUUUCUGUCCAGUUACAGUAGGAUUUUCUAUCCAGACAUAACUGAUUCUUUUGUCAUAUUUGUUAUUUUGAAGGCCAAAACGAUAGAAAGAUUAACCGCUUUUGAAAUGCUCCUUGCUUUUAAUAGACAAUAUAAGAGCUCUCAAAUUAUAUAUAUUUUUUAAACAGAUUAAUCACACUAUUUUAAUUUGGAUAAUUAUGAUUAAUCACAGGUUAUUACUCACUUGCAUGAUUUCAAUUAACCCAAAAUAAAUAAAACAUGAUUUGAAAGUAAUAAUGAUAAAAUAAAAUAAAAAACGUUUUUUUCAUUGAACAAACACAAAAACAAAAAAAAUAAAGAUACGGACACAAAUGCAAUUUUAUUGUCAGAAUGUCAUCCAGGAACAUUUUCAAAAAUGUUUUACUUGAAUACAUGUCAUUUAUUUGCUAAAAACUUGGUAACUGUUUUAUCUGAAGUCCACUCAGGGUUUAUUUUGAAGUAAAAUUUGCCAUUGAGCACACCACUAGUCCAAGUCUCCUCACUCAUCUUCGCAUGUGUGCAUUGACCUGUACAACAACCUUUCAGGUAAAAUCUGCGGUUAAGGUAAAGGAGCGCGUUCAGUAAAAAUGAAUUGCGGGAUCAAUCUGCAUAUAUACGUGAUUAAUGUGAUAAUUGUUUUGUGAUUAAUCACAUGAGUCAAAGUGUAAUUUUUGACAGCCCUAGAAAACAUGUCUAGUUUUGAUGCAACUGUUUCUUUUGCAACAUCCAUGCUAAUCUCAUUGUAUCACUUAGGUCAGGUUUAAAAUUGUUUUUUUACGGACCAUUUUGAGGAAGAUAGAAAAACAUAAUAUGAGUGAACCCUAUUUAUCAUUUGAUAGCGGCAGUCCUUAUGUUGUUGAAAAUUAUUAUCUUUGUAAGGUACUUGACUCAAAAUAACUCCUAAAAAAGUAAAAGUUCAUGUUUAAUUUGUUAACCGUGACCGGACAGUUGUUUGAUUUACAGCCGUGUUUUAUUCACUGACAUUUGCGUGGGAUUGAAGAAAAACAAAAAAUGCAUUUGAUUUGCCUUUGCUGAGUGCAAACCACAUUGUUCUUGAACUGUAAACAUUAUUUCUGUCACAUGCAACGAGUUGUGCAUAUAGAGGGGAGAGUGUACCCUGUUGAUGGACACUUUCAUUUGUCACCUUCAUGCACCCACUUAAGUGCUCUUUGCCUCUGGCUUCGCCCACGCCGCACUCAAGGUAUUUUGUGCUGUUUUUCAUAUGCAGUGUGCUAAUGACAAACGGGCUGGGAUGCCAUGCCUACGUUGUGUCUGUAAAAUAACUUGAAAGAUACAUUAGCAUCAUACAUGGGCAUGUGCAGAUAAGGACACGCAUGCAGAAUAUAUUAUACUGAUAUUUUUGGACAGCCUAUUGUGGCAUUAUGAUUAUACUGUUAAUCAUAACGGGAGUGGAAUUGAUACUGUUGUAUUAUUAGGAUGUGGAAAAGUAGCACAGAAAUAAUUUUAAGUACAGUCACUCAGUCAGUAUAAUGUGUGGCUUAUAGUGUAAUGUAAGUAAAAAACAAGAAUCUGAACUAUGAGCAAAAGUAUCAUAUUGUAUUUCAUCCAGUGCUCUACUGCAAUGUCAAUAUGGCCGCCAAACAAAUAUUUUUUUCCCCUUUUAUCAGAUUGAUUAAUUAUGUCCAUUUAGAUUUGAUUACCAUUAUAUCAUAAGUUAACACUUAUGAUAUAAUACAGAGUGCACCCUUGUGCUUUCACAUCUGCACAAGUAAAAAAAAUAAAAAAAUACAAUGCAACGACCUACAAUGUCUUGUGUAAUAAUGAAUUAGCUAUUCAGUGUGUGUGCACUGAUGUGUAUGCCAAUCUUACCGUUUCCAGCCAUGCAGUUGUAGCCAGUUUCCAUGGCAACGUGUCUGUGAGAGCGCAGACGUGGGAAGAGAGGGGAAGGGAGUUGAGACAAUUAUGGCGGCACGGAGGGCGAAGAAAAAGGAAGAACCCAGGCUGAUGAGUGUGAAGCAGUGCGAGUCGUGGGAGGAAAAAAAUGCAUUAUGUUUGUUUGUGUAUCCGGGGAUGAGCCUACGUUAGUAUAUUAUACAUAAAAACAUGUUUCUCAUGGCAACGUGCAUGCCUGUGCAAGCACAGAUGUUCAGUCCUCUGAGCAUUUAUGUAAUGUGUAAAGAAAUGCUGCAAGGCAUUUGACAUUGUAGAUGAACAAGAUUUUUUUCCCGUUU